AAGGAGAUGAAAACUAAAGUAGAUGAAGGUUCCCUUGUGGCUAGCGGUGUGAAUGAUGUUAUGACACUUGCUCUUGGAAAAAAGCCAAAUGGUAGUCGAGUACAAGGAAUGGGGCACUUCAUUACCCCAUCUAUGUACUUUGACAUGCCAAAACCAUGCAUGUCUGAGAGGCAAAAAGAAAAAAGCAUUUGUGAAAAGAGAUAUGAGAUGAUGGUAGAACAACUUCGUGAUAUGAAAGCACAGUUGAGUUCCUACGCCGGUAGUGACAUUGGUAGUUGCAGUGUCGCAACGAAGUCCCCAAGUGGUGAAAUUGGAAAACGAAAGGUGGCUGUAGAGGUUGAAAAGCCGGC